AUGGACGCACAGAAUUUAGCGAAUGCACAGCAACCUGGACAACCAAACCCAGAGAAUUUUCCAAAUGAAGUUAGAAUACAAACUGCAAUGGCAAACUAUGGUCAAGUGCCAACAGAUGUACAAAUGCAAACUGCCAUGUCAAAUGACGCUGCGUUAGGUUUGCCACUAUGGUAUGCAAAUAUGAGAUGA